GAAGUUCCCGGUCGUUGCAGACAACACACGUGUAUUCUCUUGUGGGGAAUUAUAAGCAAAGACGAAAUAUACUGUGUGUUAUCAAGUGAAUUUGUUGUUACGAGGUGACAUAGAUGUGUUUUCGGUUGACGCAUAUAUGAUUUAAAAGUAAUUAAUGUGUGAAAUUCAGACUUCAUUUUGACUGUUCGCUUGACCUGAACAUGUAAACAUUAUGUAGUAUGGCUUCUAUAUUCAGACGAGCUAUUGCCAAGCAGGUUGCCAAGGUAAUUGGUGCAGCUGCAGACGACCUGGUUUCCAUGGUGACUGUAACACCUGUAACAAAGAAAAUUAAUCCAGAUGCUCAUUUUUCACUCCCAAUAAGGAAUCUUGUAAAGUAUGGGUUUAUUGCAGAGUCGAACGUGACAAGAUUAGAUGAGACUGCUUGUAAAAUGGCAAACAAGAUUGUAUGUGAUAACCCCAUUAUGAAUGUAACUGCAGAUAGAUCAGUCCUUCAGUUCAAAGUCAACCACCCUCUGAUGGUUAAGCUAAAUCAAAAUGAAAUUCACCACUGGUGUCUGGUGAGGGGCUUAUUGGGAGUAGGGUUCUUAAAAUAUGGGUCAGAAAGUCAGCUAUCCCAGAAUGCAAUUCAGCAUUUAUUCGACAUCUACGUGAGGGUUAACCAAGAUGCCGACAAAGAUGAGACAGUUUAUGACUCAGCAAGACAGUUCUUUAAAAAUAUGGAAGAAGGAGAUGAGAAAUCUUUAUCACUAUGGCAACGAUUCAGAGAACUGAGCAUAGAUGAAUAUAGCCGAAUUUACCAAAGACUUGGUGUAGGUUUUGAUGUUUAUUCUGGAGAGUCAAUGUUUGGGGACCCAGCACUACAAGUUAUAGAGCAGGUCAAGAAGAUGGGAAUCCUUCAAUUAUCGAAGAGAGGUACCGGGGUCGUUGACCUGACAGCAGACAACUCAAUGAAGUUUUACUCAACAUUGAUGAGGAGUGAUGGAACUACUCUCUACAUCACCAGGGAUAUUGCCGCUGCCAUCCAUCGCCAUGACAACUACAAAUUCAACAGGAUGUAUUAUGUUGUUGACAAAAGCCAAAACCAACAUUUCCGACAACUAUUUGGGACGUUGAAUAAAAUGAAAUAUGAAUGGGCUGACAGAUGCCAUCAUGUUCAGUUUGGUAAAGUGAUUGGAAUGAGCACAAGAAAAGGAGAUGUUAUAUUUCUACAAGAUGUUUUAGAUGAAGCCAAAACCAGGAUGUUACAUAAUAUGAAAUACUCGCAAACUACUAAAGUUGACAAUUUGGAUGAGGUUGCUGAAGCACUGGGAAUCAGUGCUAUUAUUAUUCAGGAUCUGAAGAAUAAUUUAAAUUCUGAUUAUAAGUUUGAUUGGGACAAAGUUUUACAGAGCCAUGGUGACACUGGAGUCUAUUUACAGUAUUCACAUGCCAGAUUAUGCAGUAUUGAGAAACUAUGCAACAUUUCACUUGAUACAAACUGCAAUACUACCUUGCUACAGGAGAAAGAAGCCACACAAUUAGUGCAACAGAUAGCAGCAUAUGAGGAUGCUGUUUAUAAAGCAUAUACAGAAAUAGAACCGAAAAAUAUUGUCAAAUAUUUGUUUAGAUUAUGUCAUGUAGCGUCCACGGCUCAUAACACACUGAUGGUAAAAGGAAGUAAUACUGACUUAGCUAAGGCAAGACUGUUGUUAUUUAACUCAGCGAGAUUGACACUAUCCAAUGGUAUGAGACUGCUUGGAAUUCUACCAUUACAACAGAUGUAG